AUGGAUUUGGAGAGUGAAAGCUCUGCGCUUGAGUCUGUUGAUGAUAAUAGUAUGACCCAACAAAGUCCCAUUGAUGAUGGUAGGAGUUUGGAUAACGGGUCAUGCUCAGAUGAGAGUGUGAAACUGGUUUCGACUUGUACAGAGGGAACCAGUAAGAUUGAUGAUGUCAGUAGACCGGUGAGUUUUGAUUCACCAGGUGGUGCUAUUGCUUACUCUCCAAUUUCAAAGGGACGUGGUUUGAGAAAAUGGAGGCGGAUCAGGAGAGACCUUGUUAAAGACACGUCUGCGAAUAUGGAGAAUAGUAAAGCUCUGAAGCGAGUGUUUUCGGGUUCUGCUCAUUCAAAUGGUAAACAAAUCCAGGUUCAGUCACCCAAAGCCGAACAAGAGAGUCAGGGAUCUGUUGGGUCUGUGAAUAUGUUGAAAAGUAGCGGUGAUGCUUUUGAGAUACUUGGGACUGGUUAUGAUUCUAGGUUUGUGGCUGGGGUUGGUUUUUCAGCUGAUAUGGAUUUAGAGAAGGAUGAUGAUCAGAGUAGCAAGUCCUCGACGGCUGCUAAAGCCCCCAAGGGUUUUAGGUAUGAGAAGCCAAUGAUUAGUUCAGGUCAGAGAGGAAGCAUUUGGGUAGAGAAUAGUAAGAAACAUAGAGGAGAAAAUGUUGAAAUUGAGAAGGAAAACUCUCAUUCCAGCUUGGAAUCUGACUCAAGAAAGCAGAGUGGAAGAAUGAUGGACUACAAUGAAGGAUAUAUGAAUGGAGAAACUUCAAAGAAAAAAGAUGAUGCGGGAGGAGAAGGUGAAGAGUCGAUAAACCAGGACAGUCUCUAUUCAGAGGAAAUGGAUCCAUUAACAGAGGCCAUCGACGGUUUCCUCACCUUGCAAGAAGCUCUUGAAAAAGAGGUUCAGCUAUUCUGUGGGAUUGGCAAGGAACCGAUACAUCAUGAAGGAGCCAGUGAAGUAAGCUCACCUUGCUCGGGGACUGAAACCCUUGUGAACAAUGUCAAACAACUGGAGACAAAACUAGAAGAGACAAGGUCAAUGCUUGAGGUGAAAGAAACACAUAUCCGUGAGCUUAAAUCCACCACGAAUCAAAACAGACACUCAUGGGGAGGAACAGAGACGUUGGUGGAAGAUCUCUUCAGGCAAAGGAUUGAGUCCGAGAUUCAAUAUCUUAUAUAUUCAAGAUCCAUUGAUAACUUGAAAAAUCAGAUGAAGUCGAUUGAAGAACAAGAGGCAUUGGCAGAAGAGGAAGCUCAUGAGAUGCUGAACAAGCUCGGAGAACUAGAAACUAAGGCUGCAAAUUUAACAAACAGAGCUAAAGACCUGCAAAAAGAGUACAGAGAUAUUAAUGGAACCAUCAAGAAGAGAGCAUGUAAGACCGCUUCAUGCUUCGUUAUACAGUUUGUAUUGUUGCUAACAGUAGUUUUAUUGUUCAUGUCUCAAUUGUUCUUGGAGUCGGAUAUUGUUGUACCCACAUGA